AUGUAUCUCACUCAAGCCAAGUUGGGUCUCCAAGCCAACAAGCAGAGUGCGGACAUCUUUGUUUGGUCGGCCAAGGCUGUCAUCGACAGUAUCUUUUCGUAUAAAUUUGCUCGGGUACUGACGGCCUAUGUCGUACUGCACAACGCUCUUGCCGAUAACCACAUCCCCAAGCAAGAUCUCGUUGUCGGUCCCAAGGCUAGGCACUCCACCACAAAUGCCAUUCAACAAGGCCAGCUCAAGCCCCAAAUAGACGGCUUUAAGACGAGCCGUUUCAGUCGCCACGCUGACCUUGCCUAUAUUGAGGAGAAGUACGAGAACAACAGUGUGUCUUUCAAUCCGACCUAA